AUGAGCACCUCCGCUACGACUCAAGUUCACGACCUCUCGUCUAUUGGAUUUAUUUCAGAAAAAUACAAUAACAAUGUAGCGAAUACAACACUCGAUCUCCAGGCUCCUCCCCACGUAGUUGUUCGUGCUCGAAGUACGAAUGAAGGGAUUGAGAUGAGCGUGUUUGGUCCGAGUGGGAAUACAAACGAGGAAUUUCCGGAUGAUGGUAGUAUCUCUGAAUCAAAAGAUAGCUCGAGGAAGGAAUGGGCAGCUGUUAUUGCGUGUGGAAUGUGCCUAUUUUUGAGCGGAUGGAACGAUGGCAGUGUCGGACCUCUCAUACCAACGAUCCAAAAACAUUACGAUCUCACUUUUACGGUCGUUUCGGUUCUCUUCGUCUCCGGGUGUCUUGGCUUCAUGUUAUCUGGGAUUCUUAAUGUGUAUCUUUCAGAUCGCCUAGGCUUUGGGCGUGUGAUUGCAAUAGGUGGUGUCUGCCAAGCUGUCUCCUAUGCAAUUUUGGUUCCAGCGCUUCCGUUCCCCGUGGCGGCCAUCGCGUUCUUGAUCAAUGAGUUCGGUAUCGGAUUGCAAGAUGCCCAGGCAAACGGAUUUGUUAGCGCAUUACGAAGUAACCCAUCGGCGAAACUGGGUAUCAUCCAUUCAUUAUAUGGCGCCGGUGCUUUUAUCUCGCCGUUCGUCGCAACCCAAUUCGCCAAUAAGCCGUACUGGUCGUAUUUAUACGCGGUCCCGCUUGUUAUCGCAUCUUUUAAUCUUGUACUUAUGUUUACGACAUUUGGAUUCCAUACACAAGAAGAACUCCUGGGCCCUAUACAACCUCCGGAGCCUACAGAAUCAGGAAGCAACCAACGAAAGUAUAAACAAGUAUUCGGAUCGUGGACAGUUAAUAUGAUGGCCGUGUUUUGUCUUUUAUAUGUUGGAGCGGAAAAUACUAUGGGAGGUUGGAUCGUCACGUUCGCCGUCGAAGAGCGUGGUGGUGGAUCCUCUGCAGGGUACAUUUCUAGUGGUUUCUUUGGAGGCUUGAUGCUAGGGCGGAUUGGCUUGCUUUGGCUGAAUGAAAAGGUUGGCGAACGGCGAGUGGUUUACGCAUAUAUCCUACUGGCGGUAGGGCUUGAGAUGACCGUAUGGAUGCUCCCUAACCUGUUCGGAAACGCCAUUGCUUUUGCACUCGUUGGUGUGCUCAUGGGGUAUAUUUAA